UACCUGCAUCUUGAUGCUUGCAAAUGCGGGGUGGAAGGAAGCAUAGACCGGGGUCCCGGGCUCUGCCAUGAUGACACGAAGAGGAGAGCGGAGGGUACAGUGAAGCUCGUAUGAUAGAUGUGGGUAGUUGUAUAAAACCACCUUACUAUGAACAGUCUCCCCGCGACAAAUAAAAUCAAUUGCCCGCCUACGUUACGAAAAGAGCUUCGAGGCAUUCUUUUUUCUCUUGGUCACGCUUGUUGUGCACCACACUCAUUGCUCUAGGAGCAGGGUGACUCUCACGGGCGACAAGAUGCCUUCAGCAAUUUUAAGACACAUUCAAGCCAUCGGCCUCAUAGCCGGGUUACUGGCUCCCGCCGCCGUAGCUCAGUUUCCGCCAACUCCAGAGGGAGUCACGGUGCUGGAAUCGAAAUUUGGCAAUGGUGUUAAGAUAAGCUAUAAAGAGCCCGGUAUCUGUGAGACUACUGAGGGCGUUAAGUCAUAUGCAGGCUACAUUCAUUUACCGCCUGGCACCCUUGAGGACUUGGGCGAGUCGCAAGACUAUCCGAUCAACACCUUUUUCUGGUUCUUUGAGGCGCGAAAGGAUCCCGUGAAUGCGCCUCUGUCGAUAUGGUUGAAUGGUGGACCGGGUAGCUCGUCACUUUUGGGUCUAUUUGCAGAAAAUGGACCUUGCUAUGUAAACCCAGACUCCAACUCGACGAGAUUGAGCGAAUGGUCCUGGAAUAAUGAAGUUAACAUGCUUUAUAUCGAACAGCCAGUCCAAGUCGGCUUCUCCUACGACACCUUGCGAAACUAUACCUACAAUUUAGUGACAGGAUCCAGCACUCCCCUCGAUGAACUAGAUACAAUUCCUGAGCAGAACACCACGUUGCUUCUAGGGACAUUCCCGAGUGACAAUCGCAACAGCACAGCCCAAGGGAGUCGCAAUGCUGCUAUAGCGAUGUGGCACUUCGCACAGACAUGGUUCCAAGAGUUUCCCGCCUAUCAUCCGAACGACACACGUAUCAGCCUGGCUACAGAAUCAUACGGAGGGCGGUACGGUCCGGCGUUUUUCUCUUUCUUUGAAGAGCAGAACAUGAAGAUUGAGAACGGUACAUGGAAUGGUACCGAUGGCGAGAAUUAUGUUCUGAACCUAGAUACCCUCAUCCUCAUCAACUCAUGUAUAGAUCGCCAGGUUAUGUAUCCACACUACCCUCAAAUGGCCUACAACAACACAUAUGGUAUCCAAGCCGUCAAUGAGACCAUAUACCUAAGCAUGAUAGAUGCUUGGGAGCGUGAGGGCGGCUGCCGGGAUCAGAUUGCGGAGUGUAUCACAGUGGCAGAAGCUUAUGACCCGGACAACAUCGGUAUCAACGCCACCGUCAAUGAUAUCUGCAUGGCCGCCGAGACAUUCUGCAGCAAUGAAGUGCGAGGGCCAUAUCUCCAGUACUCGAAUAACAACUACUACGAUCUGGCCACGCAGGACCCAGAUCCGUUCCCGGCAGAAUUCCACUACCUGUACCUUAACCAGCCCCACGUGCAAGCCGCCUUAGGCGUGCCCCUGAACUAUACGGGCUCAUCCGGGGCCGUCAGCAGCGCGUUCCGCGGAAUCGGCGACUACGUGAGACCCGGCUGGGUGGGAGAUCUAGCUUACCUCCUGGAGAACGGCAUCAAGGUCCACCUGAUGUACGGCGACAGGGACUACGCAUGCCACUGGAUCGGCGGUGAGGCCGUCAGUCUCGCCAUCAACUACACGGGUACGGAGCAGUUCCACGCGGCAGGAUACACGGACAUUGUGGUGAACGAUACGUACGUCGGGGGGCAAGUCCGACAAUACGGCAACCUGUCCUUCUCGCGCGUCUACGAAGCGGGACACGAGAUCCCCUCGUAUCAGCCCGAGACUGCGUACAAGAUGUUUCAGCGCGCCCUCUUCAACAAGGACAUCGCCACCGGCACCAUCAAUACCGCUGCAAACCCGGACUACGCCACCAACGGCACGGCGGAUACCUGGGCCAUCAAGAACGAAGAUCCAGAGGACCCCGUGCAUUUCUGCUAUCUGUGGGAUGUCGAGGCUACGUGCACGGAGGAACAGAUCGAGAGUAUACUUGAUGGAUCGGCGGUUAUUAUCAGUGGGAUCCUUAAAGAUGCGAACUCGACGAUGCUUUUCCCGGAACUGUUCAAUGGAACUGGGAAUGGGGAUGAUACGUCGUCUCCUACGCCUACUCCUUCUGGCUCUGGCCCGUCGCCUACGGAGUCGGGGGCUGGGCCUGCUCCAACGGAUAGCGGCUCUGCUGCGAGCCCGUUGGUUGCGUCUGGUGUGUCGGGUUUCGGCCUCUGGGCCGUUUUAGUCAUGUUGGGAUAUGCUGCUCUUGCGUAGAGAUAGAUAGGGGUAAUGGUGAAGUAAUCAUAAGUAAUAUCAUACUAGUAUAAGUUUAU